CUUGCAUCCCCCCCCCCUUGCUCUCUUUGUGUUUGUGUACCUCCCCUUCCUUCUUCCUUGCUUCGCCAUGUCCAGUUGCCUCUGCGUCACUGCUGUCGCCAGGCUGCCCCUUGGUUUCGGUGGAUGUUUCCUCAGAUCGUAGCUAGAUAGAUAUCUGUAGAGUGGCAUCAGAAUUCGUUUUGGCUUCGUUCUGCUUGUGACACCGAAAGAACUUGAGGACCUACGGUUGACGAGACCGUGUGCGACGACUUCGAGGGUCGUGAUGGGAUAUUGUAGGAUGCGGGAGGCACUUCGAGGGUGUGAUAGGUUGGUGCUGGUGGGCGCGUGGAAGUGAUCCUUGUCUUGGCACGGUGACAUACGUUGAGGGAUCACUUCAGAGUUGGAGUGAAAGGCGUGAAUGUGUGUGAUAUUCGAGAUUUUGUAGUCCGAGGAUCUAAGUUAGAGAUGCUGAUGCUGAUCUCUGGAAAGGACAGUACUAGACGCGAGAAUCACAUCUCUUAGACUGCACCUGAAGGUUGAUUUCGUGCCCCAGGAGUUUGAUGAACGGAAUUCACGUGCUCGAGGGACUGAGAGCCCUAAAACUAUGCAGUUGGUGCACGGAAAAUGAGGGGGAUUUCACAUAUGACGUUUCAGAAUUUCGCCGUUGGGGUCAUUUCAGCGCACAAAUGAUCCUUUGUGCCGAUUGUGAUACACUGGUCGAUGCUGUAGCUGAACCAUCUUUGAUUUUGCGGUGCAGUAGGCCAGAAAUAGGGUGGAGGUGAUUGCAAUGAGGUAUGGAUGGUGGCCAACGGGUGUCUGGCGGUGCGCGGGGUGCGUGGGUGGAUGCUGGUGUGGGUGAUCCUGGUGAAGAGAGCGUUGAAGAGAAUCUCGUGUGGGGUGAGCGGCUCUGGGUUUCGGGUGUGUAGGUGGGGCAUGUCGGGGCGGAGAAGCGGGUCGUCAAUGAUGCCUCUGAAGAGCCUGAUACGGGAGUUUCAGGAGAUGAAGGGCGGGAGAGGGGGCAUAUCGCGGCGGAGUUUCGAGCUGAAGUUUCCGCACCACCACAAGGGGAGGUCGAGUGGGAUGGUGCUGGACGAGUCGCAGCUGAGAGUGGAGGCGGUUGUGAAGCAGAGCUGCUGGGCGAACAUGCCGCCGGAGCUGCUGAGGGACGUGAUACAGAGGGUGGAGGCGAGCGAGAGCGCGUGGCCGGGGCGGAAGCACGUGGUGGCAUGUGCAGCGGUGUGCAGCUCGUGGAGGGAGAUAACGAAGGAGCUGGUGCGGACGCCAGAGCAGUCAGGGCGGCUGACAUUUCCGAUUGCGCUGAAGCAGCCCGGGCCUCGUGAGAGCACCGUGCAAUGUUUUAUAAAGCGAGAUCGAACUUCUUCUACGUAUCAGCUCUAUUUGGGGCUUCCUCCAUCUCUUGUGGAGAAUGGGAAGUUCCUAUUAGCUGCUCGAAAGUUUCGAAGGGCCGCCAGUACCGAUUAUAUAAUAUCACUCAAUCAGGAAGACAUUUCAAGAGGAAGUAACACAUAUGUUGGAAAACUCAGGUCCAAUUUCCUGGGUACAAAGUUCACAAUCUACGACAGUCAGCCAUCGCACAACGGGGUGGCAGCAUCCAACCGCGGGGCCUGGCGUAUGGGAACCAAGCAGCUGUCAUCUCGUGUACAUUCUGGAAGUUACAAUGUAGCGCACAUAGCUUACGAGCUGAACGUGCUGGGCACGCGGGGUCCGAGACGAAUGCAGUGCACUCUGCAUUCAAUUCCGGCGUGUGCAAUGGAGUCGGGAGGCAGCGCCCCGACACCGACAGAGCUAGCAGCGGGCAGUUUGGAGGAGGUCCACGUCCCGUACUCGAGCAUCAUGUCGUCCCCGCGGUCGAAAGCGGCGGUGGUGGACAGCAGUGCGUUGGAAAGCAGCGAGUUUGUGUCCGGGCUGUUGAACAAGGAGGAACCGUUGGUGCUGAGGAACAAGGCUCCACGGUGGCACGAGCAGCUGCAGUGCUGGUGUUUGAACUUCCGCGGGAGGGUGACGGUGGCGUCGGUGAAGAAUUUCCAGUUGGUGGCGGCGACAUCGGUGAAGGCGGUAAGUGCCGCAGCAACGACGUCAAGUUCGUCCGCGGACCACGACAAGGUGCUGCUGCAGUUCGGGAAGAUUGGGAAGGACAUGUUCACGAUGGACUACCGGUACCCUCUGAGCGCUUUCCAGGCGUUUGCGAUCUGUUUGAGCAGCUUUGACACGAAGUUGGCUUGUGAGUAGGACGUUGUGCAGUGAGACGGAAGAGCGUUGUUAUCUUCAUUCCUUGAAGUCCAGUUCUUAAUUUUUUGUGAAUGACUGGACUCUUUUCGUGUGUCUCGUUGGGUCCACUUCACUAAUUGAAAGACACUGUGUCGGGGUCCAUAGUGCUACGGUUUAUUGAGCAGGUUCGAACACCACGAUGGUUCCUGCUUGAUGGUGGUUUGUGUCGCAUAACGCUAUCUCAUGAUUUCUCAUCUUACCAUAGAGAGAGCGAUGUGUACGAACUGUUCUGGUGGCCUCUCAAAGAAAUGGACAUUUUAGUCACCGUUGAGACUUUGUGUAGGUUAGGGCCUUGUACUUACCAGGUUGCCCAGGUAAGAUACUGUCCCUCUCAGCUAUUCGAACUGUACAUAAGUUAGCAUUCUUUUGUUUAGUUUCUGAAAAUUACUCUCUAAUUGGAUGAUGGUGUCUUAUUAUGCCCAUUUUUUGUUCUCAGCAACAGCAGUUGCCUAAUUUGUUUCCAAUUGAAUUAACUUUUGUCCUUCUCUUUUUA